GGCGCAGGCACCAGCCACACGCCCGCAUCGUCGGCCACCGCCACGCGAGCUGCUUCCCCGGACAAUCUCAUUGUCAACUCGCUGCUCAAGCUCAACCACAUCAAGUUCGGACAGAGAGAAACGUGCGCUACUACACAUGCUGGGCCGUCCUGGCUGACUCUCAAAAUGCCGGACAGCUCAUCGACGAGCUCUCAAUCGCAAUCGCAAUCGCAACCUCACUCGCAACAACACGCCCACCUGCCUUCGCGCACGCUCUACGCCAAGGGACCCAGUUUCGAGCUCGAGAACUUCACCAGCCGCGACUACAUCGUCAAAGACUUUAUUGAGUCGCUUUCCGACACUGCCAUUGCCCAUCGCCGCUCCGCCGGAACAGCCUCUGGUGCCAGUCAGGCUUUCGACCCGAAACCCCUCAUUCGCACCUUUGAGCAUGCGCAGAGCCGGCUGAACGACCUGCUCGGCGAUCUCGAGAUCAGAGAAAAUGAGCUGUCAGCGGCUGUGCGGCGCGCUGAGGCUCAGCACGCACAGAACCUGUCGACCUUGGGUCGGAAAUUGAAUCAUGCAAUCGAGUCAUUUCAGAAGCUGGAUACCUCGUUGAACGGAGCCGGACUCUCGAACGGGGCAGAUAGCAAUAAUAUGGCAGUGGAAACGGGGAAGCGACUAGAAGAACUCGACCGACAGCGACGGCGGGCACUGGAUGCUCAUUUCUUGAUUGAAUGCUGGGAUGAAGUCAGCAACUACGGCGAUACUACAAAGCUCGAGACUCUCCGGAUGUCUGGGAAUAGCGAGGGCAAGCUCCGAGCAGCCCAUAUUGCAAAGCAAUUACUCCGAAUCAGCCAGAGAUUAGAUCCGAAGAGUUGGAAUGAUGGGUCGAAUGGCAACGGUAACUACCAGAAUGGCGACGCAUCCCCGGCACUAAACGGCGGCAAUGGGAAUGACAACCUCCCAAAGAAGAAUACUAGAGAAAUCAUCGAAAAGUUUUCCGAAACACUUGAAAAGGACCUGCUCAAGCAAUUUGACGACUUUUACCGCAAAGCCAACUUUGAAGGAAUGAAGGAAUGUGCGACCGUCUUGCGCGACUUUAACGGAGGCGCCAGCGUCAUUGCUCUAUUUGUCAAUCAGCACCAGUUUUUCAUCGACAGGAGUCAACUUGUAACCGAAGAAGUUGGCGGAGAUGUCGAGACGUGGGAGAAGCUUGCAGAUCCAGAUGCAGAGCCUCCUGGGGUUGAACCUAGUUUGCAGUCGCUGGUCGACGACGUAAAGGUGGUGGUGCAAGACGAAUCUGCAAUCAUCCGUCGGGCGUUCCCUUACUACGACGAAGUGUUGAGCCGCUUCCUCCAGCGUGUUUUCCAGCAAUCAAUCCAGCAGAGACUCGAGAUGGUUUUGGAGAAAGCCAGCAGUAUCUCGUCUCUUGCGUUUCUACGGUCAUUGCAAAGCUCAAGAAGUUAUAUUAAUGCUUUGGUAGAUGACUUGAAAACGCAUGGAUUGACCGAGGCACCGGACUCGAUUUCAUCCCAAACAGCCAUCCUACUUGACCAACAAUUGGAAGAGCUGUUUGUUCCAUACUUUGUCGGGUCUUCUUACAUUGAACGAGAGAGACGGAACUUGGAGGACCUCUACACAUCUCUUUUGUUCAGAUUUACUGCUUUUCAUUCGCGGCGCAAGAAAGCUGCAACCACUUUUAUGGCGUCUCUAGCAAAGAGUGGCAGCGAACUUCUCGCCUCGGCUAAAGAAUCCUACGUGCACAGGCUUGACUCGCCUGAUUUUACACCCACUCAACGCCAAAUACUUCUCAGGAUUGCUGGGCUGAAAAAUUCCGGGGAUGGUGCAAGACCAGCAGAACCAGAGUUUACAGAUGCCGACGGGUUGCUUUCCAUAGACUACGUGAAGCGCAUGCUCAAAUGGUUGGCUGAAGGGGUCGGGCGUGGCCUAGAGCUGAGCGUCAGCAGCGAGACACCCAAGGAUGUUGCGUCUCUGCUGAACCUGCUUCUCUUGAUGAUGGCAGAGAGCUAUGUUGAUGUUGCUCUCGACGCGGCUCUUGAAGCAGCAGCGGCGCAGGAGAACGUCAAGACAGAGCCGGACUUUUCAUACCUCCAAUCUCUGCGAGCCGCAAUUAGCAUCACACAUCUGAUGUUGACGUGUAUCAACACGGUACUAAUUCCGCUGGCUGCCAACAACGUGACCAUCCGGCGUGACAUGGAGAAGAAGGCAAACCUGGCAGUGAGCCGGGUUGAGGACAAGGUAAAUGCCCUCGAGCAACGGACAAUCGACGUAGCCCUGGCAUGGGUUGGCAAGCUUUUGGGAGGACAAAAGAAAAACGACUUUCGGCCGAAGGAGGGCGAUAGCUCAACGGCAUGGCUGGAGAUGCUCCAGACUCCGACCUGCGAGGCCAUCUGCACGUUCCUAGCACAACUACACAACACGACGCUCACAUACGUCCCAUCCAGCGGGACGAGUCUCCCGACUCUGUUCACAGAGCUAGCGCUAGGCGUGCGCACUCAAGUGCUCGAACACUUCCGGCGCUUCCAAGUCAACGGACCGGGAGGCCUGAUGGUCACCAAGGACAUGACGCGGUACGUCAAUCUGUUUAAAGAGUGGGAACUCGAGCCCGAGGCCAAGGCCGCCAUCGACGUGCUCCUCGAAGUCGGCAGCCUGUUUGUCGUUGGCCCCGAAGCUCUACGCGAGAAACUGCGGGGUGGCCAAGCCAGCGGCACCUCCGCAAGCAACGGCGGCUCUGCUGAUACUGGAGGAGGACGUUCAGCAGCAGCCAGCAGCGCGGCGGCGGACGGCGGUGCUGGCCUGUCGGUGCAGGAGAUUCGAGGGUAUGUGCUGAAGAGAGUGGAUACCAAUACCGUGGCGAUGCAGAGUGUGUUGAACUCUUUAUAA